CCAAAAAAUAAAUAAAAAUGCUACAAAAACAUAAAAUGGCAAAUGCUGUGGCUGUUUGAGAGAAAACAAGAAAGAGUAGAUUCACUUCAUUUCAGUGUAAGAACGCAGAAAACUUACCUCUCAAAGUUCUCUAGAGGAUUUUCUUGAAGCUCUGUAAUGGUGAGGAUUGUUUUUGGGGUUCAUUUCAUGCUGCAAGUUGGAGGUAAUGGCAACAUGUUCGGUGCACUAUUUGCAUGUUGGAUUCUUCAAGCUCAUAACUUGACAUUGUUAAAUGCAGUUUAUCUUCUGCUGUGUGCUCAAGGGUUUUGUUUUGACCUGUUAGAUUUAAACUUUAUUUAUGGGAGAAGAGGGGGAUACAGUCACUGAAUUGGCUGAGGUAUCUGCCAACAGCAACGCGGCAGCGGCAGAUACGAGUGAAGCCUUUACAGAGAAGAAUGCUGAAAAGGAUGAGAUAAAGGAAGUAGAAGAAGAGAGCAAAGAGGCUGAUGAAAAGGAUAUUGAGAACAUGGAUAUAGACAAAGAAGAGGUGAAAGAAAGCAAGGCAGAUGAAGAAGGGAAAGGUGACCAGGAAAGCAAAGGAGCAGAAGAGAAGCAAGAAACUAAGUUUGACGUAAUGGAAAAAAAAACUGCAGAAAUACCAGAUAAAGACAAAGAGGAGGUCGAAGAUGUAGCCAACGUACAGAAAGAGGAAAAAGAAAGCCGUGAAGAGCAUGAAGUUGAGAAAGGAUCAAAGGAGAGUGAGAAAUCUGAGAGUGGUGCUCAGAAGAAAGACCGGAAGAGGAAAAGGAAAGUGGAGGACAAGAAGGAACUGGAGCCUAAAACACCUCUGGCUUCAACAAUUGUACGCCCUGUACGCCAACGGAAAUCUGUUGAAAGGCUGGUUGCAUCUAUUGAAGGAGAACUCACCAAGGAAAUCUAUAUUGAAAAGGGUCGUGGAACUGCACUGAAAGAUAUUCCAAAUGUGGCAUACAAAUUAUCCAAAAGGAAGACUGAUGACACUCUCAAAUUGCUACACACAAUUCUCUUUGGACGGCGAGGAAAGGCAGCUCAAUUCAAGAGUAAUAUUUCACAGUUCUCCGGAUUUGUGUGGCAUGAAAAUGAGGAAAAACAAAAGAUGAAAGUAAAAGAAAAGCUUGACAAGUGUGUAAAAGAAAAGCUGUUGGAAUUAUGUGAUUUACUAGAUAUACCUGUUGGCAAGGCUACAUCAAGAAAGGAAGACUUGGAAUCACAGUUGAUAGAUUUUUUAGAUGCUCCUCAUCCUACGACAUCUGAGUUGCUUGCUGAAAAGGACCAGUCAAGUAAAGGAAAGAAGCAUGAAAGAGCGAGCAAAAAGAGUCCUUCGUCAACAAUUGGCAGUUCGGAAGGUUCAACUAAGAAACACAAGAAGAAGAAGAAUGUGCAUGAACCAAAAGAUGAUCACAAGGAGAGACCGGAAGUGAUGAAGGCUAAUGAUGUUCAGGAGAGAUCAGAUGCUGAGAUGUCAAAUCAAGCUAAAACUGAGGAGAAAGACGGUGGAUCUGAAGAAGAAUCCGAGAAGGACAAGAAGAAGAAGAAGAAGAAGCAAAGUUCAAGUAAAUCAUUGUCAAAUGAGGAACCUGCCGGAGAAGUUAAAACCAAGAAAACUCCAGUCUCUAAAAGACCAAGCUUUCCAACCAAGAAAACUCCUUCAAAUUCAUCAAAAGGCUCAGAGAAAAAUGAUGACAAUGAUGCAAAUCCAAAAGAGUAUUCAAAGAAGAAAACUACUGAAGUGGUUAAGGGAAAAAAAUCUACACCAAAGAAGCCUAGUUCAAAAGACAAUACUACUGGGAAAAAAGUUCUGAAUGGAAAGGGCCAUAAGAAAGCAGAUAAAUUGAAGCCAAGUGAUGAUGAACUCAGAAGUGCAAUUUGUGAAGUUCUAAAAGAAGUUGACUUUAACACGGCUACCUUUACCGACAUUGUGAAGAUACUUGCCAAGCGGUAUGAUACAGAUCUUACACCCAGAAAGACAUCUGUGAAGAAUAUGAUCCAGGAUGAGCUCACUAGGUUAGUCGAUGAAGCUGAUGAAGGGGAAGAGGAAAAAAAUGCUGAAAAGGAUGAAAAACAGCCUUCUGUCGGAGGCGUAGAGGCUUGAAAGCAUAGAAUAUACCAAGGAAAGGUAGCCUAUGUCGUCUUAUCUCAAGAUCCGACCCUUUCUGCCUCGGUUGAUUUCUGCAUUGUGUUCCAUAAUGGGUUCGAUUGGGCAUAAUUUAUUGGUAAUGUCCCACCUUGUGGUUCAACUCACUGACUACUAAGUCAUAGAACGUCAUAGAACUAGAAAUGUCAGGAUUUUAGUGCAGGAUUGCAGCUCACUGUGUAAACAGCAGUUAUAGUCUUUUUUCUUCUUGAAAGCACUGGUCUUUUUAUGAACUAUAGAGGGGUCGUUUGGCAGAAGGUAUUAUAGAAAAAAUAUAUGUAUUAGCUUUAGUAUUAUUUAAUUCCUUGUUUGGUACUGUUUUC